AUGUCGGAUCAUGAACCUCCUACGCAGCCAAGUCUGCCGUGGCGCAUAGCCUCAGCGGCUGUCAUGGGCACAGUUGGCGGGCUCUCAAGAGGGUUUAUGAAUGGAUUCAACGACCUCAAAGUCACAGGGCUCGAUGGACUCCUGGGUGUUCUCGAUCGUCGGAAAAGGGAGGGACGUGAGCGUGGACUGCUCACCGUGUGCAAUCACGUCGCAGUACUUGACGAUCCUCUUAUAUGGGGCAUCCUACCGUUACGUUACUUCUUCGACGCAGUCAACAUGAGAUGGGGACUCGGCGCUCACGAUAUUUGUUUCAAGAAUAAGUUCACAUCCACCUUCUUUAGCCUGGGACAAAUCCUUCCCACGCACAGAUUGUGGUAUUCCCCAUAUGGCGGUUUGUAUCAGCCAACCAUGACCCAAGCCAUUAAAUUGCUGUCUGGUCCCUCGCCAGCCUCGUGGUCAACAGCUUCAGACUCUCCGCUAUCUGCGACUCCUACUUCAACACGGCCUCCUCCUGUCCCUCAGCCACCUUUCUUCUCAACCAAUGGCCUCGACCAGUUCCCGGCGCCGUCUGCUUACCCUGAUUACCGAAACGCUUGGGUUCAUGUCUUUCCUGAAGCUUGUUGUCACCAGAGCCCGGACAGCGGCCUGCGCUACUUCAAAUGGGGCAUCUCUCGACUAAUACUCGAGUCUGAUCCUGCUCCCGAAUUCAUCCCCAUGUUCGUGCAUGGUACUCAACAUAUCAUGGCCGAAGACAGAGGGUGGCCGAGAUGGGCGCCACGUGUUGGGAAAACGGUAAGAAUAGUGAUAGGCGAGCCAACUGACGUUGACCAAGUCUUUGGCCGCCAGCGAGCUGCAUGGCGCAAGCUUGUUGCAAAAGGGGAUCCAGAAUUGCUUCGGGACAGCCCGGAAGCUGCCGAGUUGAGAAUCUCAGUGGCCAAGAGAGUGAGAGAUGAAAUCGAAAGGUUGCGAGAAAGCCUGGGGUUCCCAGCUGAACAAAAUGAAGCACCGGCACUGGCAGAGACGUGGGCCAAGGACCCUCUCCAAACAAAGUUCAGAAGCCCUGUUGACGGAAGUCUGGUCAACAGACAUGGUCCCAAGAAAUGA